CAAGUCAUUUUAAACAAGCCAUCUUAGACAAUGAAAACACAAAACAAAGUGAUGGGAGGACAUGUGCUGCUUACUACUUUCACUCUUUGUAUGCUUUGUUCAGGUGUUAGGGCACAGCUAAGCCCUGGCAUCUACGAUAAAUCAUGUCCGUAUCUUGUACAAAUUGUCCGUAAACAAGUUACCAUGGCCCUGAAGGCCGAGAUUCGGAUGGCUGCUUCUCUUAUUCGUCUUCAUUUCCAUGACUGCUUUGUUAAUGGGUGCGAUGCGUCUGUCUUGUUGGAUGGAGCAGAUAGCGAGAAAUUAUCGAUACCAAACGCGAACUCUGCGAGAGGAUUUGAAGUAGUUGAUACUAUCAAAGACGCUGUGGAAAACGCAUGUCCUGGUGUUGUUUCUUGUGCUGAUAUACUCACUUUAGCCGCUCGCGAAUCAGUUUACUUGACUGGAGGACCUAUGUGGAGAGUGGCAUUAGGAAGAAAAGAUGGACUUGUGGCAAACCAGAGUAGUGCAAACAAUCUUCCAUCUCCUUUUGAACCUUUAGACGCUAUCAUUGCCAAGUUUCAAGCUGUAGGCCUUAACGUCACCGACGUCGUAGCUUUGUCAGGAGCUCACACCUUUGGACAAGCAAAAUGUGAUCUCUUCAGAAACCGGUUGUUCAACUUUACUGGCCAGGGAUCUCCGGAUGCAACACUUGAAACGACACUCUUGUCUGAUCUGAGAACAGUUUGUCCCAUAGGAGGAAAUGGAAACGUAACAGCUCCCCUUGAUAGGAACUCUACGGACGUCUUCGACAACAAUUAUUUCAAGAACCUCCUCCAAGGGAAAGGUCUUUUGAGUUCGGAUCAGAUUCUGUUCUCCAGUGACUUGGCCGUGAAUACAACAAAAAGACUUGUGGAGGCUUAUAGUCAGAGCCAGAGCUUGUUUUUCAGGGACUUCACUUGUUCGAUGAUCAGAAUGGGUGGUAUUAUGAAUCCUGUGAAUGGAUCGAGUGGGGAGGUACGGAAAAACUGUAGAGUUAUUAAUAACUAGUGUGUGUUCUUUUGCUUUUCUGCUAUGUUUGGGUGUUGGUCAUCAGUCCUCGUGUAUGUAUCAAAAUGAUCUCGUGUGUAAUAAUAAGAAGUUAAUGGGUUUGUUUAACUGUUUGUUUUUGUGGAGAUCCAUAUAUUGUU